AGUGCAGUGACGCACAUCAUCAUAACCAAGCUGAAGACUCAACGUGGAGGACUUGAGAGUAUUGUGUGUACUGGAUGGAUGCUUUCGAUUUGGAUUUCGCCGGGGACUUCAUUCAACCUUUGAAUGGAUCAUGUGCAUAAAUAAGAACAGGAAAGGAUAAUCACUUUACAUUACGAGGAAAGGUUUCCUGCACCAGUAGCAUCAUGCCAGUCACAUUUGGAGAACUUAGCACCCUCACCACUCCACUUUCAGUGGCUCGUCUCUGCGCUUUGUUCUUCAGCUGUCUCACUCUCAGCCUGGCUUCCUCCAAGGGAUGUGACUCCAAAUCACUUGACCUUGACUGCACCUUCUACACUUUCUGCAUGGUUACAUGGAGCCUCUUCUUUGUCCUCACUUUGCUUGUUGUGGUCAUCCACUUCAUCCAGUUCCACAACUUGCUCCCCCUUUCCUGGAAGAACCUCACGGCAACUGUGGCAGCUCUUGGUGCCCUCAUGACCUUUUCUGCCUCCUUUGCUUUCACAUGGACCCUAGUACAUUAUUGUAAACAUGUUGAUCCCAGAUGGACAGCAGCUGCCGUGGGCUCCUGUUUCACCUUGCUGGCUUACGUCGUAGAGCUCCAGUUGAUUCGAUCACAAAGCAAUGGCAACCAGCGAGGAUACAUGGCUACCGUACCUGGACUUCUCAAGCUGCUGCAGGUCUUCGGAGGAUGCAUCGCGCUGGUGCUGCUCAACAUCCAAACACCCAAUAGCCAUACCCCUUGGAAGACCUAUGUGUCGGCUGUAAUCUACAGCGUGUGCCUACUUCCAUCUGUAGGAACGGUCCUGGUGAUGCUAAUGGAUUGUGCAGCACGCAGCCCUGUGCCAUUUGACCGGCUCCUCGCCAGCUUCAGUCUGCUGGGAGUGAUCAUGUAUAUCGUAGGCACGGUCAUUUGCUUCACAAAAGCGCUCGAACCUUCGAUUGACAGUCCUAAAAACCCUGUUGUUAUAAUGAGUGAGACAGUGACGGCAUGCAUCACUUUGCUGGCAUACACAGUGGACCUGGCUUUCUCUGUUAAACUGCUGUGUGACCGAAAUUAAAGGACACCGAAAAGUUGAGGACAUGGCUUGUUGGGUGAUGUUAUUCCUAAUUCAGUUAUUAUUUAAACGACGCAAGGUUGUGUCUUUUUGUUAUUAUGAUAAAUUAUCAUAAAGUAUUCUGAGAAAUAUUAUUUACGCUUUAGAAUAAAUAGACAUACAGUAUACGCUGUCUGUCAAAUGUUUUCGAUUACUUGGAGUUCCUUAUCUUUUGUGCCCGUUCGAGUUUCAGUUUUAGUGCCAUAGAUUAAGAAAGACAAAGAUUGGCAAUUAAUUAUGAAAUAAUACUAAACACGUUAAUCACCAUUUCUUUGAUUUGAAGCCUGGAACCUUUCAGAUCUAACAGCACUCUAAAUGACGGCUUUAUUAAAUGUAUUACUUGUAAACCUGUAUGACAUUGUUGAUAUGAUUUAUGAGAUGACUGUUACUAUAUAUGUGUGCUACAAGUGGCUUAUAAGAGUAAUUCAUGGCUAGGCUUGUUCCCGUUAGAUCGAGAUUGUUUCCAGUGAAAUAAAAAGUCAUACCAUUUCCUCAGUUUUUGCUCAUUUGGAAGCAUUUCACAUGAGGCUGCUGCUUAAGAACCAAAAAUGUUAAAGUAUCGAGAAUAUAAGAUUGUUUAAUCCUGAAAUAGGGAGAUGGCCUAAUGGUUAGAGAAGCGGCUUUAAGACCAAAAGGUUGCUGGUUCGAUUCUUUGGACCGACAUACCUAGGCUACUUUGGGUAUGUUGUACGUCACUCUGGAUAAAAGUGUCUGCUAAAUGCCUGUAAUGUAAAUAAUGUAUUGAUCUGUGUAUCUAAUGGAGCGACUUUGGACUGGGAUCUGAUUUUUCAAAUCCGAUCCAAGGCACUAUAUUGUUCGUAGGGGAUCUUUAGUUCUGAAUUUCUUUCCUAUCUGAGAGACAAUAAUGCCAAAGUCAGAACUGGAUCAUGAACUCAUGUCAGUACUGUAUUGAAAUUUAAAAAAAAAAAGUUGGAAUGGUGCAUCCAAUUAACAUUUAUCUGUUGUUUGUUAAUCUCUUUUGGACUGUGGAAAAGUAGAAACAGAAAUUUUACCCAAAAUGUUCAGCAUGAGGUUUGAGCCACAUAAACCACUUUGUUGAAACAAAGGCCUUCCUUACUGAUACUCAUCUUACUACACUAUUUAUUUACUGGUUUAAAUGAUCUGCUGAGGUGUUUAACACUUUUGCAGGCUAUCCGAAGCAGGGGCGCUGCUCGAAAUUUUGGGCCCUAUGAAAGAGGGCCCCCCACACUCUUUACGAAUCUGGAUUCUGGUAACCCGACAUGAUGGUGUCAAUCUACUGACGGUUCACCAUCAAUUCUGCUUAUCCCAUGCGCAGAUUGGAAAGCAACAAACCUAACAUGGUGUCAUGCUCUGGCUCCACCUACACAAGACUGUACCAGGUCAUGAAUAGGGAGGGGGGUGAAAUCUAAAGACUAUCUAUUCUAACAAUUUUGCGGGAAAUGGAAAACCAAACCAGAAGGUUGUUGUAUUUGCUUGUUUUAAGAGACGAAAUCAUUAAAGAUAUUUUUGAAUUCGAUUAACUUACACAUGGUAAUAAUAUUAAUAUCGUCCCCUGAGGGCCCUCUGUCAAUGCCGGGCCCUUAGAAUCGAAACUUUCCCCCCUAACAGCAAAACUAAGAUAGAAACUUUCCCCCCUAACGGCGCACCUGGUCCGAAGCACAGUUUAGUCCGACAUCACUGAGGAGAAGGCAGAUUUACUUUCGCAGCUUUCUCUUUCUCUUUAAACCUCCACCGCAAACUUGAUAGUACUGUUUUGAUUGUUUGCACUGCUUGUAAUGCUGAGUUUAGCAGACACAUGUUCACUAGAUGGCAGUGUUUUCAUUUGUGUUCUCAGUUCAGCGAGUUGGUUCCAUUGUUCUCUUGAGAGCCAGAUGUCAUUCUUUCUUUCACUUUCUUUUGUUUCAGAAAACUGGAAAGUAACAUCAUUUACAAUAAAGAGACUAUUUCUGAUCAUUUCUUAACACUUCGUGUCUUAAAGUUAUGAUGGAUGUCGUUUCUCUUCACUUAGUUGAGCGGUUCUUGAUGUACUAUGGAUUACUACAAUUGUGGUAUGGAAUAGGGCUAUUUACUGUAUUUUUAUUCUUAAAUAUUUACUGUUUGAUCUUAAACAUAUCAAGAAGGCAAGAAAUUAAUCCACAAAUUAACUUCUGACGAGGCACAUCUGUAAACUGAAAAGCAUUCCAGGUGAAGGCCUCAUGAAGCUGGUUAAGAUAAUGCCAAUAGUGUGCAAAGCGUCAUCAAGGUAAACACUGGCUACUUUGAAGAAUCUAAAAUAUGAAACAUUUUUUGUUUACUGUUUUGUUUUGUACAUAAUUCCAGAUAUGUUCCAUAUGCUAUUUCUUCGUGUCGAUGUCUUCAGUAUUGUUCUACAAUGAAGAAAAUACAAAAUACAGAAAAACCUAUGAAUGAGUAGGGAUGUACAUACUUUUAACUAGUCCUGUAUUUUUACACACAAGCCUACAAUAAUUACGAAUUUUAAAUUUGCCCAACAGAAAAUCUACAAUAAUUGAAAUGACAGUUUGAAAUGGUUGAAUAUGUACUGUACUGUCUAUACUGUAUCUAUGAUUGUAUCAUGUCUAUCACAUCUUGGCCUGAUGGUCAAGUGAUACAGUGUCUUGCAAAAGUAUUCAUCCCCCUUUGUGUGUGCCCUGUUUUGUCACAUUACAAACUGGAAUUAAAAUGGAUUUUGGGGGGUUAGCACACUGUAAAAAAUAAAUAGUUGAGAAUACUUAAAAUCUGCAGGCAACAGUCUGCACUAAGAAUUUUAUGUUUUGCACAUUAUGAACUAUAUACUAAUCCAACUAUGAAAACACUAUAGUCCCAAUUAUUAAUUCUUAAUUAUGCGAGUGAUUUUGAAUUCCUCGUUCUGCCUACAUAGAUGUCUCGUUUUGCUGAACAGAGGCAUGAUUCGCAUUACUACAAAAAGUUAAUUGAGGUUAUCAUUAUUUAUCACUUAACUAUACAUGCCUUUCUUCAUCGCUCUACACAAUUAGAAAACUUCAAUAAUGAAAUAUACAAUGAACUUUUUUCCCCCAAACUUUAUUUCAGUAACCAAAAUCAAGUAUUUUAAUACAGAG